AUGACUUUGAUUUGCGGUCUCCUCGGCCUUCCUCCUUCAAAUGGAGUCCUUCCACAGUCCCCCAUGCAUACAAAGAGUUUGGCAGUUCUUAGGAGACAGCUGAUCCGAAAGAAGGUUGUGAAAAGUGCCAAGGAAUGCAUGGAACAACACAGUACCAGCUCUGAGUUAUACGGGAAAAUGCAAGCUGUGUUUGUUGAAAUGGAUACAUCCCCUGGUGUUAAAGAAUUGGAGACUUUGAAAGAAGCUGUAAUGAAAUCUGAUACCAAGGCUGGUGCAAUGGAACCUUUUGAUCCUGAGAAAUACAUAGACGCUAAUUUACCGGUCCGGGUUAAUGAACAAAGAAUGACCAACUUAUUGCAGUCCCUCCUGGUUGGCCUAUCAAUAAUAGGCAUCUCCGUUAUCAAGAAGAUACCAACUUCGGUUUUAUGGGGUUAUUUUGCUUACAUGGCAAUUGAUAGUCUUCCAGGGAACCAGUUUUGGGAAAGGUUAUUGCUCCUCUUCAUCGCCCCAAGCCGACGUUACAAAAUUUUGCAAGAAUCACACGCCUCGUUUGUGGAGACAGUACCAUUCAAAACCAUAGCUGGAUUUACAGCCUUACAGUUGGCAUAUUUUCUGUUCUGUUUUGGGGUCACAUGGAUACCUGUUGGUGGAAUAUUGUUUCCGCUACCGUUCUUCCUUCUUAUAGUUCUAAGAGAACACGUUCUACCAAACCUAUUCAAUCAUAACGAUCUUCAGGAACUAGAUGCUUCUGAAUACGAGGAAGUUAUCGGCGCCCCACGUGGAGUACGUAGUAUGUCACUAAAGGAUAACGAGCCAUGUGGUAGUGAUACCGAAGGCAGCUCAGAAGAUUACUAUGAUGCAGAGAUAUUGGAUGAAAUGACAACCAGCAGGGGAGAGUUGAAACUUAGAGCUGUAAGCUUCAACGAUCGAAACCGCAGUAACAGCUUCAACGAUCGAAACCAAAGCAACAGCUUCAAUGAAGGCAGACACAUUUAG